CUGACAAUGGACGCAGCCGCAACGAGGUGGAUUUUCUUGGCAUUAUUUUCAUGUUUUUGCUUCUGCACGGGAGCUGGACCGAUGUACAAAUUGGAUCCGUCGUGGCCAGGCCUUUCAUCUGUGUUUACUGGUCCGGUUUACAGCGCGGCUGUUGAUGACAAAAACGGGGAAAUAUAUGUUUCGCAACGUGGCUAUCGGAAUUCUCCAGUCCUGGUCUUCAAUACGUCUGGUGCUUUUCUGAGAUCCUUCAUUUAUGAUCCAGAGGUGAUCAAUAUGGUUCACGGAAUGAGGAUGCAUCACAAUGCAACCUCAGGGAAGAGACGACUUUGGCUUACUGAUGUUGGAGAUGGACAGUUGGGAUAUACAAUAAAGAGGUUUUCACCUGAUGGUGAAACCAUGGAGUUUGUGCUUGGUACGCCUGGAAAGAAAGGCAAUGGAACAUCCCCACUUCAAUUUGAUCAGGUUGCAGAUGUAGCCAUCAGCGAUCAAGGGGAGAUGUACAUAGUCGAUGGAGAUGGAGGAAUGAACAACCGACUUUUAAAACUUCAAAAAGAUUUUAAAGUGCAAUGGCUGGUAGGAGGUGUCAAUGGAUCCAAGCCAGGACAGUUUUAUAUUCCGCACAGUGUUGAAUUGGAUGGUGUCGGACGAGUCUGGGUUGCAGACCGAAUGAAUGGCAGACUACAGGCAUUCGACACAGGCAAUGGAAGAUACUUGGGGGAGUGGUCAUCAUGCUUCACCGACGGGGAACCCUACUCUGUUAGACUCAGCGCUGAUCAAACUCACUUCAUCGUGACCCAACUCCAGUCUGAUAGGAUUCUCUUUGUUGCAUCACCACUGAAACCAGGCACCAUUGGCAACUGCACGAUAAUGGAUAGCAUCCAAUUAGCAUCAGGCUCUCAUCCACACCUUGUGGCUGUCAGCCAAUCAGAGGGGGCGUUUUAUGUUGGGGAGCUUGGGUCUAAGACCUGUCAGAAAUAUAUGCGGGUUACAUAACAAACAUAUCUUAUGUUUGUUAAUACUGCAAUAAAUACUCUAAAAAAUAUCUGCUUUUAUAAUAUCAGGGCUGAAAGGUUCAGUUUUACAAAUUAGAUAGUAUGCAUUAUUGCCCAUAGACAUGUUGUUUGCAGGUCUAAACAAAAACAAAAGAGUUUUAGUGAACCAUUGAGAAAAGAACACUUUCCAAAGUCAAAGAAAUACAUUGUGUGAAUUUCCCUUGUGAACGAGCUUAAAAACCAUUUAUACCCACUGUAGAUCAGAACAGUAACCGUCACUUUAAGCUGAACUUGCUACCAGAUUCGUUAUCAGCACUGUUACAAAAACUGUUGUCACAACUGUUAUUAGAACUGUUUUCAGAACUGUUAUCAGAACUGUUAUCAGAACUGUCAUCAGAACUGUUAUCAGAACUGUUAUCAGAACUGUUAUCAGAACUGUCAUCAGAACUGUUAUCAGAACUUUCUUCAGAACUGUUAUUAGAACUUUCUUCAGAACUGUUAUUAGAA